GAGCAGAAGAGAGCAGGAGAGAGAAAGAGGGAGAGCUUCGACCUGUUUCUCACAGUUACAGAUCUGAGCUGUUGUGUGUACAUCUGUCCUCUCUGACCUACACCUCUCUCUUGUUCACGAUGGCUCCUACACUGUCCAUGGCAUAUUCUCGCCGCUGGUGGAUGGCGGUGACGGCCAUCAUUGAGAACCUGCUGUUCUCUGCUGUACUACUAGGCUGGGGCUCCCUUCUCAUCAUGCUCAAAUCCGAAGGCUUCUACUCCCAUCUCUGCACAGAACAUGCUAACAGUUCCAUUUCCAACAUUUCUAAGAAAGCGGUGACUCCACUAAAAGAGACUGAGGAAGACCUCCUGUAUGAGGAUUUCCCAGAUGGCGAUGGGGUAGAGAUAAUUCCUCUGAAGCCACUGGAUGAGCCUGUGCAUUUGAAUGGCUGGCUGGUCUGUAAAGAGCAGGAUGAGAUGUUAAACCUUGCCUUCACCGUCGGCUCAUUCCUCCUCAGUGCCAUCGCACUCCCUCUCGGCAUCGUCAUGGACAGAUACGGGCCACGCAAACUCCGCUUGACUGGCAGUACCUGCUUUGGCUUGUCUUGCCUGUUUAUCGCCUAUGGAGCCAGCAACCCCAGUAAACUUUCUGUACUCAUCUUUAUCGCGCUGAUUUUUAAUGGCUUUGGAGGAAUGUGCAUGACCUUCACUUCCCUCACACUUCCCAGCAUGUUUGGAGACCUGCGUUCCACCUUUAUUUCACUCAUGAUUGGCUCCUAUGCAUCCUCAGCAGUCACUUUUCCUGGAGUUAAGGUGAUCUAUGACCUGGGAGUGAACUUUAUCACUAUACUGAUAGUGUGGGCAGUGUGUGCUGGCCUCGUCUUCCUCAACUGUUUCCUCAACUGGCCUCUUGAAGCCUUCCCUGGCCCUGAAGACAUGGACUACACUGUGAAGAUCAAGUUUAGCUGGUUGGGUUUCGACCACAAGAUCACAGGAAAGGAGUUUUAUAAGCAGGUGACAAUGGUGGGCAAACGAUUAAGCACAAAUAACUCCCCCACGCAGAAGGAGCUGGCCAACACCGAAGGUCACAAACUCUGCCUUUCCACCAUGGACCUGGAGGUGCAGUGUGACCCGAAAGAGGAAUCUCAGUCCUUCAUGCAGAGCAUCUUGAGCCCUCUGUUCCUGCUCAGCCUGGUUACAAUGUGCAUCACUCAGCUGCGUCUGAUCUUCUACAUGGGAGCCAUGAACAGCAUCUUGGAGUCCAUGAGCCAUGGGGACCUUGAUACAGUUGAGAGAAUGGAGUUGGUGAGUCUGUACUCCUCUAUUUUUGGCGUGAUGCAGCUGCUGUGCCUCUUGACCACUCCAGUCAUUGGUCAGAUCAUGGACUGGAAGCUUAAGGAUUGUGAUGAUGAGUCAGACAUGAAAGAUGCCAGCAAAGGUCAGCCACAGCCCAAGCGAAGGGACAGAAAAAUCCAGAAGAUAACCAAUGCCAUUCGGGCCUUCGCCUUAACUAACCUCAUCCUUGUUGGUUUUGGCAUCACCUGUCUUAUCCCUAUCCUCCAACUGCAGAUGUUCUCUUUUGUUCUGCAUACCAUUGUCAGAGGUUUUAUCCACUCAGCUGUUGGAGGACUUUAUGCCGCUGUCUACCCCUCUUCUCAGUUCGGAACCCUGACGGGGAUGCAGUCUCUGAUUAGUGCCCUUUUUGCCCUGCUCCAGCAACCUCUUUUUAUGGCCAUGAUGGGGCCACUGGGAGGGAAUCCACUCUGGGUGGAUGUGGGUCUCCUCGCCCUCAGCAUGCUUGGUUUCCUUUUGCCCCUCUACUUGCUGUAUUUCCGCAAAAACCUCCACCAAAAGAGGAAAGAGAAAGAAAACGAUGCCAAAAUCUACAUCAAAAUCAAUGGCAGUGACAAAAUGGAGGCCUUCAUCUAGACCCAGGCUUAACCCAGAACCUGAAGCAAGGAUAUAUGGGGACAAAGAGAAUGCAUGUCAUUUUUAUUAUGAAAGACUUAUUCACAUACACUCAUGCACACACGUCUUGCUAAGAGGUUCAAUGAACUAAAAAUGCUGCCUUAUCAGCGUGAACGCAAGCUGACAACAAAAAGUGAAAGAGGUUUAAAAAGAUGUGAAAUUAGUGUGUUCAACUGCAUAUUUUUCUAUCUUCCCUAGAUUUCUAACUGAUGUGUGGCGAAAAAAAACAAAAAACAUUUGCACAUUUCAUGUUCUGCUGCCUUACCAAUGUGUUGUAAACGAAAAGAGCAAUGAGAAUGGUAAUGGGAAUUUUAUAUUUGUAUGAGUUUAUAAGGAUACAUUAAACAAGCUGGUCCAGA